UCAAUGAAUCCAAUUUCGAUCUAUCGCAGUCUGGUCGAAUUGUUCAAAACAUUUGAUUCUACUGAUUGUAAUUUCACAUGUCGAAAAACGUACGCAAAGCUUGUCUCACCCGAGUUUAGUUGUCAUUUACUUAAGAGUUCAAAUUCAUUUUGAUAACGGAGUAACCGCACAGUAAUCCUUGGCCCAUAGAACGAUAAUUGAGUCAGCUGUACGGGAACAAAAGACUUUGAGCAGUUAGGAGGGGCAGCGGCGUCAAGGAGCCGCUUUAUAUUCUUUUGUGAGCUCUUGAUUUGGUUACAUGAGGUACAUUGAGCAGCGAAACAAGAUGGGCGAUCUUACGAUGAUAAAAUUUGAAAUGCCUGAACCAUUGGUGGCUGAAGUAAAGAGUGAACUUGACGCAGAUUCCUGUAGCAGUCAAGAGUCAAAAGAAAGAUUGCGAACUGCACUGGUAUACUGUGAGCAGCUUCUUUUUAAAAAUAAUUAUAUUACUGCGCAUCAUUCGGCAGAAAUAAAGGAUGAGCAUAUCCAAAUCGGAGAGAAAAUUUACAGCAAAAUUCUAGAGGUACUGGAUGAAAAUUCACUCAUUGAUGAAGACGAGUUAAUUAGUGUUGAAGAGUCAGAUGAAAAAGGCUUGUUUCACGAGGUCAAAAGUUCCAUAUCUGGAUCCGCAUCGGACGAUGAGUACGAGCCCGAUGAGGAAAACACAAAACCGGAUAUUGAUCACGUGCCACUAGAGUACAAGAUAAAGAUCGUUAAUAUGGCAAAAUCGCACCCAAAAUGGUCGCUGAAGACCCUCCAAAAAAAAGGAGGAUCCCGCUUGAAAAGAAUGAACCAACUAACAGUGUGGGAGAAACAGAUUACUAGCGGUGGUACCACCAAAGAUAAAUUCAAAAUAAUCGACUCUUGCACUUACAAUCGUUUCAUGAAAGCUCGACAAUCGAACCAACCUGUUACAACAAGAAAUUUGCAGCAAUGGGGUCUCGCUGCUGCCAGCCAAUUUCCGGAAUUAAAAUUCCAGGCUUCCGAGUCAUGGGCGAAACGUUUCAAGCAACGGCACAAAAUUCGACAACGAACAAUGAAAAAGUAUGUACCGAAGAGAGAAACUACUGACAUCAAAGAAACUGGAAACGGGCAUGGGCUUUGAUACUGAAUUAAGACAAGGAUUUUGUCAUUCACACUGACUAAACAGUUGGCUCAUUUUCACUAGGUUGUCAGUACCAGUCAACUUUUAAUUCAACCCCCGCCAAGCUAGGAUCAAAGGUGGUGCUGAUUAAAUGAAGACACGAAUAAGGUGAUGCAUUUGAAUAUAGUACAAUAUGCUGCCAGCCUAUGCGGAAAACUGCUUUCAACCAUUGUUCGUGUGUGCCAAAGACGACUUGCAAAUUUAGGCCCAGGAUGCAAAAAUCAGCAGACGUGCAUGCAAAAAAAUAUUCAAACGUUAUGAUAUCAGGAGAUACUGUAAUACGUGUAAUAUGCUGCCAAGUUAUACAAUGACAGAACAUCGUUCAUAAACAUAAACCCAGUUUGCUUCAUGAUAGACGAUUUGAAGAAUCCACAGAAAAAAAAUCCAGAACAGUAAUCUGAAGUAAAUUGAAUUUAAUACAUAUAAUU